AUGGACCUAGAUGUGUGGAAUGUUAUAUUAAAUAGUCCUCAUGUUCACUAUAAGGAAGUAGAAGGGAAAUUAAGGGUUAAGUCUAGGAAGGAGUGGAGUGAUAAAGAUAAGAAAUUAAUUCAGACUAAUUGUAAAGCAUCUAAUAGCCUCCUUUGUGCCUUAAAUGUUAGUCAAUUUAACAAACUGUCUAUGUGUGAAAAUGCUAAACGAAUAUGGGAUACCUUAGAGACCAGUUAUGAAGGCACUAACCAAGUCAAGGAAUUCAAAAUUAGAUUGCUUACUUGUGGUUAUGAAUUCUUUAGGAUGAGAGAGGGUGAAUCAAUUAGUAAGAUGUUUGAAAGACCCACUAAUAUUGUAGAAGGUCUAAAAGCCUUAGGAAUGGAUUUCUUUAAUGGACAACUUGUAAAGAAAAUCCUUUAUAACCUACCAAAAUCUUGGAGACCCAAAGUUAAGGCUAUAGAAAAGGCUAUAAAUCUAAAUGAUUUUAAGCUAGAGGAGCUUAUAGCUUCCCUUCUCACUUAUUAG